CUCCUCCCUUAGUCAGACACUGCAGUGACGUAGCCGGUAGCUGCUUUCCGGUUCCGGUUGGGUUCGGCCCGGUUCGGUUCGGCUGCGGAUGGCAGAGUCCGGGCUGCGGGCUGGAAAAGACCGGAACCGGAACCAGCACCGGGAACAGAAGGGUGUGCAGCAGUAUGGGGAAGAGACGCUGCGUGUCGUCUGCUGAGAACAAGCCAUCUUCAGGGUGCUGUGGAGUGAAGAAACAGAAACUGUGCCCUUCUUCUGCAAGCAGUGUCCAGCCCUCUGCCCAGCAUAACUGCCAGCCUCCUGAGGACAAGACGGUGGGGCCAGGCGCCCUUACCCCGCUCUCCCGGCCCAACGGGACCACAAGUGGCAGGGAGCAGUUGGUGGUGACAGCUGAAAUGGGAUGCUAUUGCUUUGAUGUUCUCUACUGUCACCUGCAUGGCUUCCCACAGCCGCGCCUGCCGCGUUUUACCAAUGACCCCUAUCCUUUAUUUGUCACAUGGAAGGCUGGACGUGACAAACGUCUCCGUGGCUGUAUUGGGACAUUCUCUGCCAUGAACCUCCACUCAGGACUCAGGGAAUACACCUUAACCAGUGCACUUAAGGACAGUCGCUUCCCUCCGCUCACCCGCGAGGAGCUGCCCAAGCUGUCUUGCUCAGUCUCUCUGCUCACCAACUUUGAGGAUGUUGGCGAUUUUCUAGACUGGGAGAUAGGAGUCCAUGGGAUCCGAAUUGAAUUUGUUAACGAGAAAGGAAUAAAACGCACAGCCACUUACCUGCCAGAAGUUGCCAAGGAGCAAGACUGGGAUCAGAUACAGACAAUAGACUCUCUGCUCAGGAAAGGCGGCUUCAAGGCUCCAAUUACCAACGAGUUUAGAAAAAGCAUCAAACUCACAAGGUACCGCAGCGAGAAGGUGACAAUCAGUUACAUGGAAUAUAUGGCUUCUCGCCAGCCAGCACAGCAGAACGGCACUGUGCAUGCACCAUCUCUUUAUACUCAUUACUCCUGACACGGCGCGGCCUCCACCGCAGCCCCGUCCCACGCUCGCCGGCAACGCCUGUGACCUCUUAACAUCGGACACCUCCUCAGCACCCUCCUCCUGGUCCAGCUAUCUGUACUACUGCACCAUCUUAUGAGCUUCUCCGGAGACGGGGGACAGUGCCCAGAGAUCGGAAGAAAAACCCACGGCCUUACCUCAUCCCCACGCUCUCCACGGGACAAUGAGUGGGAGAGCUAAGGAGGUGUCAUGGCUUCCUCCAACUCCUCCAGUGUACGGGGUCAGUCACCCCGCCAAAGCACUUUUAGGUUUUUACAUUCUGAACUUCUGUUUAUUAUAGUUCUUUUAUAUACGUAUAUUUUUUUUAACCACAAGAAAACCCUAUUUCCUGAACCUGGUCCACCGCGGUUAUUAAGCUUGCCUUGAAAGAGGAGACACAUGCUUAGACUGCUUUUCAACAGGAAGACUUAAGAUGCCCAAACCCUGCAAGGGCGGUUUAUUUAAGUGAAGUAGUUUAGACAGGUUUACCACUGUACAAAAAUCCCAUUGACCACGAUGUGUUUCCGUGCAGUAUUGCGAUUAACCGAAGAAGCCCAUCUCUCUCUUUUUGUUCAUUCCACUGCACUGAGCCACUGAGGAUUGUUCCGUACCAUGUUCUAGAGCAGGAGCACGCACGGAAACCACCGAACAAGUCAAUGGAGGCUUGACUGCAAACUGAUUCCCAGCUUGAUGAUACAGGCAUAAUCGUACAGGCGUACCAUGAACUGUGCAUCAUAUAUAUAGCAUUUUGUACGACGUGACCAUGCCUAUAGGCAAAAUGGAGAACACCGCCUAGGGAAAGAGCCUUGUAUGGCAGAGACAGGAGGCACAAGAGAUGUCAAACUCCCCCAUAUCAGCUCUGCAUUCAUCCAUUUGUUACCUGGAGGGCCAGCAGCGGAUACCUUGCUGGCCCCGCUGGCUGUAGAAGGGUGAAGACCCCCCCAUUUGCAAUCCUUUCCAUUCCCCUGAGGAAUUACGGAGAUUCUUGUUCCUUUCAUGCUGCUGAGAAUAAAUUGAAUUGAUUGAAUCAGG